AGAUUCCUCCAGUUCCGCCCCAUCGGUUCCACUUAUUUUUCAUCGUUAAUGGGAGUUUCUUAGUUGGAUUGCGGACUGGGUCAAGGGAAGAAGGUACUUACCAGGUAAUAGUGGAAACUUUGAGGGAGUAAAAAAAUUAAUCACCGGCUUUCCCCGGAAGCGUAUUACUUCUAGUAAAUUCCUAUUGGUCGAGAAUUAGCGGUCACGCGCCACAAUGUGGCUCGCUUUUCCCUAGUAACCUGGCUUUAGCUCGUCCUGUUGCACUGCGCUGAGCUCAUCGCUUUUUAAAAAUUCCCAGGCUUGCGCCGAUUUUUUUUUCUUUUUACUCUUCCUCCUGUCUUCACAACCUAAAGAGCAAUUUUUACUUAGACGAAACAAACCUCUCGUUUCUACAUACUACGCCUUUCUCUCGCCUAUCUCCUACACAUUUAAUCUCUAAUAUCUUCUAUUCGUUUUCUUACUCCAUAACGACAAAAUGGGUUUCUCUGCUGGUGACUCCAAGAAGGGUGCCAACCUCUUCAAGACCCGAUGUGCCCAAUGCCACACCCUAAAGGAUGGUGAGGGUAACAAGGUCGGCCCUGCGCUACACGGUCUUUUCGGCCGAAAGACCGGUCAGGUUGAGGGUUUCUCCUACACAGACGCCAACAAGCAAAAGGGUAUCACCUGGGACGAGAGCACUCUGUUCGACUACCUAGAGAACCCCAAGAAGUAUAUCCCCGGAACCAAGAUGGCUUUCGGUGGUCUAAAGAAGGAGAAGGACCGAAACGACCUCAUUACCUUCUUGAAGGAGGCUACGGCAUAGACGAAGAUUACGAGAUAAAAGACAGACAUGUACCAAUACCAAUCGCAUAGACAGGAACCGGCCAGUUGUGUAUUCAUAGACUACUAGACCGAUUUGGCACCCUCGACGGUGCGAGCAUAUAUCCAUCUCCUCUUUUUUUCCAACACCAAAGAAGCAUCAUGCGUUGUUGUAACAGUUGGCUGGAAGUGUGUUAGGAGUUCAGGCUUCUUUCAAUAAAGGAGGCUUGGAUUGGAUUACAAAACUCUGCCAAUAAUUGAACAUAAAGUGAAUCGCAUUGUGCGUCUUCCAUAACGCUUUGAGUGAUACAUCUUUGAUUUUCGUAGAUUAUUUAUUUAUAACCUAUUCAUGACGUACUAUGGUUUGGAUUUGCAAGUAAUUUGUAUGGGGUAGAUGCGACGAAUUGGCCAAUGAGAACGAGUUGAAAUAAUACAGACUAGCCCUACUACUAGCCUCGGCUAGAAUCGACAAUCUCUG